AUGCCCGCUGUCCAGCCAGACGAUCCAAUGUCUGACCCAGUGCCCGCGGUCAUACGAGUUGACUCGGAGCCCACUGCCUUGCCAGAUGACGCGGUGCCCGCUGUCAAGCCAAAUGACCUGAUGCCUGGUGACCCGAUGCCCGCUGUCCAGCCAGACGAUCCAAUGUCUGACCCAGUGCCCGCGGUCACGCCAGUUGACUCGGAGCCCACUGCCUUGCCAGAUGACGCGGUGCCCACUGUCGAGCCAAAUGACCUGAUGCCUGGUGACCCGAUGCCCGCUGUCCAGCCAGACGAUCCAAUGUCUGACCCAGUGCCCGCGGUCCUGCCAGUUGACUCGGAGCCCACUGCCUUGCCAGAUGACGCGGUGCCCGCUGUCGAGCCAAAUGACCUGAUGCCUGCCAGACGAUCCAUUAUCUGACCCAGUGCCAGCGGUCAUGCCAGUUGACUCGGAGCCCACUUUCAUGCCUGGUGACUCGGUGCUUGUCGCUCCGCCUGGGGGCCCGAGACCUUCGCUCCGCCUGGGGGUCC